AUGAAGUUCACAUUCUCUACUGUGCUUGCAGCAUCUUUAUGUCGCUCUUUAGCAUCGACGAUUCCAUUCACCGCUUCGACUUCGAACGGUCUUGCGACUCGCCAAACUACUUGUGAUAAUACAGCAACCUCUCGAAGCUGCUGGGGAGACUACUCCAUCGACACGGAUUGGUAUACCGUCACUCCAGACACUGGAGUCACUAGAGAGUUCUGGUUGUCAGCCGAGAACGUCACCGCCGCACCAGAUGGUUAUCAGCGUUACGUCUUGACAUUCAACGGGACCGUACCAGGACCAGCAAUCAUUGCAGACUGGGGUGACAAUCUGAUUAUCCACGUUACUAACAACCUUGAAGUCAAUGGAACAUCUAUACAUUGGCACGGAAUUCGUCAAUUGAACAACACUGAGUACGAUGGUGUACCAGGUGUAACUCAAUGUCCUAUCGCUCCUGGGCAAACCUUCACGUACAAAUUUCAAGCGACCCAAUAUGGCUCUACCUGGUAUCAUUCUCAUCUCACCCAGCAAUAUGGGGAUGGACUCCUAGGACCCCUCAUCAUCAACGGUCCAGCGACUGCAGAUUACGACGAGGAUCUCGGAAUGCUCUUCCUUUCUGACUGGAGUCAUACUCCUGCCUCUGAACUGUGGGAUAGCGCUCGACAAGGAGCUCCCCCAGUCCUUGAAGGCGGUCUCAUCAAUGGAACUAAUGUUUUCGAUUGUACCGGAUCAACUGAUCCUCUGUGCGUUGGUGGAAGCAAGAAAUUCGAAACCGUCUUCGAAACGGGAAAGAAGUACAGAAUUAGGAUCAUUAACUCUGCCAUCGAGGGACAUUUUCAGUAUUCCAUUGACGGCCACAACUUGACUGUUAUCGGCAUGGACCUGGUCCCACUCGUCCCGUAUACGACGGAUUCCGUAGUCAUAAGUAUGGGUCAACGCUAUGAUCUCAUCGUCGAGGCGAACGCAGCGACAAACGACUACUGGAUGCGGGCUGGAUGGAUUUCAGCAUGCUUGAACAACGAUAACCCUGACAACAUGACUGGUAUUGUCAGAUAUGAUUCUACCAGCACUGCUGAUCCCACUACCACCAGUGAUGUAACAAUUGGAUCUAACUGUGGUGAUGAGCCGCUGGCUAGCCUUGUGCCAUACCUUGCCAUGAAUGCCGGAAACUACACCGAGCUCGUUGAAGAGGAUCUCUCCUUUACGUUCGGAAGUUACUUCACUUGGACAAUCAACAGCUCUUCGCUUUACAUGAACUGGAGUGACCCGACUAUUAUCAGGAUUUUCAACAAUGACACAAUCUGGCCGACUGAUUACAACGUCGUUCCUCUCACUGCCGCUACGGACGAUGAGUGGGAGCUGUUUGUUAUCCAAGACCUAAGCGGCAUUGGAUUGUACCACCCAAUUCAUAUGCAUGGCCAUGACUUUUGGGUGGUAUCGCAGGGGGUAGGCACAUUCGACAUUAGCGACAUUAACCUUGUCAACCCCCCUCGCCGAGAUGUUGCAUCUCUCCCAGCUAAUGGAUACCUUGCCAUUGCCUUCAAGAAAGACAACCCAGGAGCUUGGCUGUUGCAUUGCCAUAUUGCUUGGCACGCGUCCCAGGGUUUGGCCAUGGAAUUUGUGGAGAGGGAAUCAGAGAUCGCUGUCAGUAUGACCAACACGGCCAUAUCUCAAGACAAUUGUGCCGCUUGGGUUUCAUAUGAUGCCACCGCUACAUGGCCCCAAGAUGAUUCUGGAAUCUAA